CAAGCGGGAGAGAAGAACGAGUAGAGCGGAAGAAGAGGAGUAACGUAGUCGUUUUUGGGAACAGAUGGCAGCUGCAGACGUUGAAGAUUUUAUUGAACAGAAUAGACAUUUAUCAGAUCUCGUGGAAACCUUUCGCACCAUUUCUGAGAGCGACAAACACUGGAAAUCUAGGAGGGAGUUUAUAUUCAGAAACAUCAACGAUUAUGAGGACCCACACGUGGACCAUCUGCUCGCGCUGUCCAUGGUGUGGGCGAAUAACGUGUUCCUCGGCUGCAGGUACCACCCAGAACUGCUGGAGAAAGUGAAAGAGAUGGCAGACGGGAUUGUUGUGGAGGAUGCCCCUGUUUUUAAAACCAGAGACGAAUUAAUCAAACAACAUCAGAAGAGGUGACACCUGCAAGAUUCCCUGUUGUUUUAAUAGCAUCCUUAAAACGUUCAUGAGAAAGGAGAUUUUUUUUCUCAUCACAUCGGUGUGCAAUGGCGUUCUUCGUCUUCAAAUGUUUUCCCCAGUUGUUUAUGUGAUUGCCAGUAUUUGGGUUUUUUAAACUUUGAGCAGGGGUUGAUGUAAAUUGAGGCACGAUUGUUUUUUAUUAGGAAUUCGCUACAAUAAAAUGUACACAUUUCUUAACA